GGUGCGGCCGGCCUUGACCAGGACUGCGGGCGGCGCAGCGACGCCACUAUGGCUACCGACCAGGACUCCUGCAACAAGCUGGAGCAGCUGUUCCUGGCGUGCGACACCAAGGGUCGCGGCCUGAUCGGCCGCGACGAGAUGCGAGAGCUGUGCCGCAGCUUCGCCAUAUCGCCCGAGGACUCCGACAUGAUCUUCACCGACCUCGACGGCGACGGCGACGGCAUGCUCAACUUCGAGGAUUUCUGCAAGGGCUUCCGCGACUGCAUCAACACCGACUUUGCUUCGGUCAGCUGCAAAGGCAGCGAGCCGGCCCCGGCGCCGGAGCUGGCCGAGGGAGCGCCGCCGGAGGAGCGCAGGGCAGAGCGGAGAGAGCACGGCAGGAGGGGCAGGAAGACCGGCCUGAGGCGGCGCGACAGUCUGCAUCACGCCUUUAUCCAGUUCUCCAAGACGUACGGCGAGGAGAACGUCUUGCAGUACCUCGGCAACAGUCAGGAGAAGAUCCACCAGCUGUACCAAGAGCUCCUCAACUCAGACACGGACCCGAGCAUCAGACAGCAGGUGGAGAGCGUACUCGGCUCCCUACUCAGAGAGGUUAAGGAGCUGCACGAAGAGAAUCAGCAGAUGGAGAAGGUUUAUAUGCGUGAGAAGGAGACGCACGAGGACCGACUGCGCAACAUGGAGGAAGAGCUGGAUGCGCACGUGGCCAGGGUGGGUGCCCAGGCGCGCAUGGCAGGCCGAACAGCAGAAGGAGCAGGAAAUCAGAGAGAUGGAGGCCAAGAUGAAGGAGGAGAUUGCUGAGCUCCAAAUGCACCUGCGUAUGUUUCAAAAGGUGGACGGCUGGCUGCAGAAGGACACGGGGAAGGAGCAAAGCGAGGAGACGCUGCGGAAGCUUCAGGAGGCGACGCACGAAAACAGAG